CAUAUAUGAAUCUCCGAUAUCGAGUGCCAUCUUUACAUAUUUCGAGCGCUCGUUUUAAAUUCUACUCGAUUAAUUUUGAAGAUUUUAAUUGACGAAUUCUUUUCCUUAAAUGUAUGUAUUUAAUUUAUCAUAGUAAUUUUCAUGAUAUGGUAAAGUAAAUUAGAAUAUGACUGUUUAGAUUUAUUGGAAUAUGUGCGAGAAUGUGUUUGGAUUUGUAUUGUGUAAAACUCAUUUUUAAACACAAUAAUUUUUCUAACCAAUUUCUAUGAGUUUGUAUUAUCACAGGUAUUAUUGAUUUAAAAUAAAUUCGUAAGAUAAUAAUAUAUAAUAAUAGGUAAGUGAAUAAAAAGAUUAGAAACGAUUCUUUUGAUACGUUAAAAGACUGAUUUGAUUAAUAUAUUGAUUAUUUCACAUCCAGAUGUUGAUGAUUACAUCGUAUGCCAUCUUAAUUUAAACGAAAAAUUGACUAUGUUAAUUAUAUGUAAUAAUACAUUACGUAAACACGUAUAAGAAUAUUGACCAUUAUUAUCUUGUAUGCCAAGCAUAGCUCGGAACAUAUAGAUCAUGGUAACAAGUACUUGGAAAAUCACAUAGAAAGUUCGCUUUCUCGCUCACCAUUUAUCAAAGCACGUACCGCUUUAUAGAAAACGUGAGAAUAGAUACCUUAAACGUACCGUAUCGUAUCUACAGGUAAAAAUGACAAUAGAGGUUUAAACGUUUAAAGUAACGUUUACAGUGAAGGGAAAGAACGUUUAAAUUUGUUGAAUUAAAGCCGUGAAAGUAAAUACUGUGUCUCGACCCAAGAGGCAAAUACAAUAGAUAGACGUUAGAGAUUUGUCAUUUGUAAGGUAUCUUGACUUUCUCUCAAUCUGCUUAAAGAUCAACGUUCAACAAUGAUCUUAACGCUUCCUUUAAUUAAACUAUGUAGCAUUCAGACCGUGUAUAUACAUUUUUACUUAAAUAUACCAGUUUUCCAGUCCUUCGUUUCUGUUAGUCGAAGAGCAAUCGUUGCAGAACACACGUCUCAUUGGACCUUCGACAUUUUUUAAACAAUUUACGUCAACGUUAUCCUCUUUUAUAUUAUUUCUCAAAUUAUAUAAAUUUACAAAUUUUAAAUUCUAUUCAUAUUUAUAAGUAUUAAAAUUAUAUAAACAAUUUCUUUUCUACAGUUAUAUUUUUUAAAUUAUUACGUCAAAAGCGUAUUUGUUUAAUAAUGCAUAGAUACUGUAUCGCUACGUUACUAUUAUACUCUGUUGUGUUGUGCAUAAAUAUUGACACGUGGAGUUCUCUUAAAAGGUUUCGACAUCUUUGGCAACCAAAUAUUAAUCGCGUCAACGAAUCGUUAUCGCUUAAACGGGACCCUCUAAACUCUCUAAAAGGUAAAUUACAGUCGACUAAUUUUCAAAAUAGCGCACCAAGUCAGCGCGGUAGAGAAAAACGACUUUUCCCAUUAUUUACAUUGGUAAAAUUUGACAAUAAUGUUUGCGUCGGAUUAAAUGGUGAAAAUGGUACCUGUAUCGCAGCUUCGGAAUGCUCGAAACGUGGUGGUGUAUCCAGUGGAGUUUGCGCAAAUGGUUACGGAGUUUGCUGCAUUGUGACUGUAUCUUGCGGCGAGACAACCAGUAACAAUAAUACUUAUUUCGUUAAUCCGAAUUAUCCAUCAACGUUUGAUGGUACUAUAUCUUGUCAAUUAACGCUCGUUAAGUCGCAUCCAACCGUAUGUCAAUUUAGAUUGGAUUUCUUGCAGUUUAAUAUAAGAGGUCCGGAAACGACUAACCAUCAGUGUAUCUAUGAUCAAUUUAUCGUUUCUGGGGGUAAUCCGGUACCUACUAUAUGUGGAAAUAAUGUUGGAAAUCAUAUAUACGUCGAUGCUGGUCUUGGACAAACGAAUCCUGUUACGUUGACAUUUGUUACAAGCGGAAAUUCUUUUGCUCGAUCUUGGAAAGUACGAGUCUCUCAAAUACGUUGCAAUACUAUAUACAGAGCCGAGGAAGGGUGUUUGCAAUAUUUCACAGGAAUAUCCGGCCAAAUAAAAUCGUUCAAUUACGACCCUAACACCGGAUUGCAACUGUCGAAUCAAGAUUACAGUAUUUGCAUUCGAAUGGAAAGGAACUUUUGUGGUAUUCAGUAUAUGGCAUGCCCUGUUGAUGAUAAAGAUGUAGUGGCAAAUGAUGGUGCCACUAUGGCAAGAAUGGCACGUAGUAAUGGAUUUACGUUAACUGGAAAUACGCAAGCAAUGCAAAUAGCAUCAAUGACAGGAGCAGCAUGUCAAACCGAUUGGUUAACGAUUCCGUGUGCGUCUAACACAGGUAGAUUACCAACCUCCAUGAUGACUUGUAUCGAUCGGAUAUGCGGUGGAACAUUUAACGCGGAAAAUCAAAAUUUGAAUGCGUCUUCUGUUAUUAGUACAGUGAAACCAUUUAGACUAAUUUUCCACACGGAUAGCGUUGAAGCGCCAAACGAUGUCGGGAACAGAGGAUUUUGUCUGAAUUAUAUACAACAACCUUGCACAACAAAAUUAAGAUGAAAAUAAAAUGUAAAUGAAAUCAACCUACUAGGUUCGAAAAUAUAUACUGUUUAAAAAUAGCUGAAAAGUUGAUGGGAUUUUAAGGAAUCCGAAGAUACGGUGAUGUGGUGAUGAGAUCUAAAACGUUUUGCUAUAAUCGAUGGAAAAAGGAUCAAGUCAAGUACGCUAUAAAAGUACACGGUCGGUUAGAGAAUCAAUUAGGUGUAAUCCAUAGAUGGUGAGUAACUUCUUUUGGAGCUGACCUCAUUUUCAUCGAAUAUUUGUUCAUUGUACCAACAAUAAAAUUAAGUAUCCUUGCCCCUUGUUAUGUCGAUUUCCAGUACAUAAUGCUAUAUAGCGUUAAUUAUAUAUUACACACAUUCCUUACGCACAGAAGAUUGUAGAUGACUCUGAUGAGAUAAUAGACUCUUAGCUUGUAUCGAGAUAUUAAGAGUCCUUUCCGGCAGCUGCUUUCAUGAAAUAUGUUAGCAUAUCGAUAGGCAAUGGGAAUACGAUCGUUGAAUUUUUCUCGGCUGAAAUAGUGUUUAAAGUCUGGAAACGAUAAAAAAAAGAUUAUAAUUCUGGCGGAACAGGUAGCAGUUUUAUCGCAAAAAUACUCUCGAGCUAUUUGACAAUGGAAAAAAUAGAAAAAACGAGAACAAGGGAGAAAGACGUAAUAUCUCUCACUUACUUUACAGGCUUGAACGAGUUCGAAAUACUGAGUAGCGAGAAAUGGUGUGGCUGGGACGGGUCAUUUGAAUUUAGGUGAAAUAAUUCUAUCGAAAUCUAUAUUAGCACUACGAUGAACAAAAUCGGGUCGAUAAAAUAUAAGUUAAUAAAUACGUACUUGUAAGUAGCGAAGUUGCAAUGCGGCGGGUGAAUCACCGAUCACCUCCGAAGCUUCCCUUAACGCUCGACUAGCCUUCUGUUCACCCUCUGCUGCGAUAACCUACGCAUUCAUGUGAAAGUGAAUCUCAUUAUUUAGAUGGAUCGACGAUCGAUAAAAGAGAGGAAAAAAGGAAGGAAAGAAAAUCAAUAAUGAAAUUUAUUGGAAAGUGAAAGGGAAACGAACCUUGGCACGGGCUUCGCGAGCAGCUUCAGCUUCCGCAGCCAUGGCCCUUUGUAAUUGCACCGGUAGUCGCACAUCUUUUCUGUGGAAAAAAUUUAUCGUACCUGCACGUGUACAUAUAAAUAAUAUUUGUAAUACUUAUGAAUAUGAUUAACGACGCAGUUGCAUCGCGUUGGAGGCGCAAACUUACAUUUCGACUCGUUCCACUUUGAUUCCCCAUGUAUCGGUAGCUUCGUCCAAGGAAACCUGACAUUCGGUUUUAUUUCAAACAUUCGAACAGCCGUGUAUGUGUUUACGUGCACGCGUUAUGUGUGCUCUUACUUGAUUCCAAAUUGAUUCCAGUUUACCUGCAUGUUCCCGGAGAUCGUUUCGCGUUCGCUGAGAAUCUCGUGAAGCGGCCUGGUUCCCAUCGUGUUGCGAAGCGUAGUUUGUGCCAAUAGUUUAGUGCUGUGAUGAGCGUUCUCAACGUUUGUGAUCGAAAUCGUCGCAUUGUUCACGCGAUAGUACACUACUGCGUCAACCGAUACCGUCACGCUGUCCUUCGUCAACACCUAAUUUCAAUCAAGUUCUGUUAGCAUUAUUUCUCUCCUCGUUAAACCAAGUUAAUGCAGCAUGUAUAGGCUCAAGCUUAGGCCAGAACUCGGUGUUUUAAGGAAUAUUUUUAAAUAACGUUAUUUUUAAACUACUUUCUAAACUUGUUUGAUAAAUAUAUACAUACAUGUGUAAAAUCUAUGUUUAAAAUAGCAUAAACAUCUCGUGCAGUAUUUCGAUUGAUUAGAUUGGCUAAUCGUAAGAUCAGCGACUUACUUCUUGAGGUGGUACAUCGUACGUUCGUGUACGUAGGUCGACACGCGCGUAAUUAUCCACACAAGGCAGAAUGAAAAAGAUUCCUAGAAAUAGUACAUAGUCACAUAACGAUUCUCUGUUGAAAUUGGAUAUAGAAAUUCCAGUACAGUAGAACUUUUAUCAUUCGAGCUAAUCAUGUCACUAAUGAAUAUUUAAUAAACGUAGCCUAAUUGUAUUUUUACCGGGUCCUUUAGCACCACCAGCCAAAAGUCGUCCUAGACGAAAUAUCACGGCUCUCUCGUAUUCUUGCACCACCUACAAAAUUCUUGGGAGUGCACGAACAAGCGGAAAAAGAUAGAGGGGGAUGAAUACGAGUGUGAUCGAACAUCUAAUUAUAAGAUAACCGGGAAAACGAGGUUACAGCUACAAUGAAUGAAGAUCGUAUAACGUUUGCAGCUAAGAAGAUAGUCGAGAUAUUUUUGGUCGAAGGAAAAACAGUACAAUCCGAGAAAGUACUAUUCUCAUGUCGUCUUACCUUGAAGCAAAUGAAGAGAGAAAAUGGCAUAGUAAGAAUCACGAUGAUCCAAGAUAAUGCGACAAGAAUAUUUUUGCAGAUCAUUCUGUGGUACGGAUGGAAAAAGUAGUAAAAACAAGCGGAAGAACAUAUAUUCACCUUGUGCCAAUUGUUGCGCGCCGUUGAAAGAACUAACAAGACUAAUGAAGAAUGUUUUAGUAAUGUCCACUUUGGUAUCGACGAUCCACACCUAAUCUAGAUGCUUAUCUGAAUUGGUGAAUUCUAAGAAUUCAUUCAUCAGUUAAAUACCGAGGAAAGGAGAAAGAAUUAAUGCGAUGGUCAUGCGAUGAGACAAUUAUGUAACAUGACGGGACACGUUUGAAGCUUACACCGAUACUUCGUUUCUAAUAAUUGGUGGGGGUAGCGACGCAAGCUAAAGUCCAAACAACACAAAAGUCCGGGCGCUAAAGCGAACACUGCUAUAAAUGGCUAUAUUCUUGUAAAUAUAAAUCUCUUUGCGCUUAUUUCGUGUUUCUGCGAGUUGAUCUACGCAUUUUACCGUGAACUAGAGAUACUGUAAGAUUUCCUAUAUCUUUCUCCUAAUCUGAAAUACGACUGCUUGAGGUUUUGUACUUCGUUAUUAACACGAUAUAGUACUAAAUAUCAAUCCUACCCAAGAUGUCACGUGCUAUCAUAUGCAAAGUAGUAGUGUGCAAUUUCACGCGACGCGAUAGUAAUGUGUUUCUAUCUUAACGCAUAGUGAAAGAGGAUUAAAGAACAAUGAGAAAAGUAUUAAUUAAGAGCAUAUGUUUAUUGACAUUACUCUUGUAAUGUAUAACAAUAUUACCGUAUGAUACAUCGCGCAUAUUACGUUGAUUGUAGACGCGAGUCGUCGGUAAACUGUUUCUCGCAAAUACAUCACUGCAAUAUGUUGUGUACUUGAGAGAAUUAAAAUUUAAAAACGAUCAUUUCGUUUGUCUUCGAUAACUAACGUGCAAAUCUUACAUAUUAUCAUACACUGAUCAAAAGUGAUGUAUAAAAAUGCACACUGAUGUUUCAUUUCGGCUGCUGAUUUCGUUGAGUCGACUUACAAAGGAAAACAUGUUGCAAGUACUUUAUUCAGAAUUGGCUACUUGGCAGACCGUAUUCGCACAUCGAAUUCGCUACUAUUCGAUUCGUACGCUUUCUCAUACAUAAACGUAUGUACGGCAUAACAGUUACAGUGACGCGAAUGACGCGAUCGACGCAGGCAUUAUGUAUACUUAUCCGUGCAACGGAGCAUUCUUUAGGCAAAUUAUUAUUACAUAUUCGGGGAGAAUCUAACGUGCGACGAUAUUCACGAAAUGUUUCCACUGCAACUAGCAGCUUUGGUCUUUGUCACUGAGAGACACUGGACAGUACUGGUUGGGAG